AUGGCCAUUUCCUUCAGCAGCGCUCGUCGGUCUCGCGGCCCCUGCAAGAUGUUCAGGAAGGGCGCGUCCAAAGACAAAGUCAAGAAGAAAGGAGAUGGCGGCGGCAAGCCGAAGCCGCAGACACCGCCACCGGCCGGCGACGACAAACCGGCCGUCUCCAACAUGAAAACGAUGCUGCCGAUCGUCUCGCAAAUUGAUGGUGCUAGGCCGCGCGAGAAGAUGACGGACAAGCUGGCGGCGAAGGUGAAGCGAUGCGUGAGGGGAAAGAUGAUGCCGGACCAUCUGACCGACCGCGUCACCGUCGACGUCCAGUGGGGGCAGGCGCGAUCGGUGGGAGCUGCUGAUCAAAGAAGAUCUCGUCGUAAUGCAAAUGUCACCUACCAUUCUGGCGACAUCCUGGUCCAGUGCAACGACUUCCAUUUCACCGGGAACCUGCAGAACAACACCGGCUUUCUGAAGGCGCUGACGAAGAAGGGCAAGAAAACGGCCCGAUUCGAGGUGAUCCGGCUGAAGCGCAAGGUGCCGGUCGACUGGAGCUUAUUGCCCGGGUUUACGAAGCAGGAAGGGAUGGAGUACCACCAAGUCUACCUCUACAACUACAAGGGCAUGCAGGUCGGCCUUGAUGUGCGGAUGAUCGAAGACCCGGAGAUGAACAGGGUCUUUGUCGAAAGGGUGCGCGACAAAUCGGCGGCGGCGGUCUGCCUCGGCUUUGGUGAUCGAAUCAUUGAGCACAGCGGCCGGAUGGUGACCAACGUUCAGGAUCUGCUGAGCGCAUUGCAAACAGAGCUGAACGAGAAGGGGUGGACGAGGAUGACCGUCGAGGUUCCGGUCAGCGACCCCUGCCGCUGCUUUGUCCGCAACAAGCUUUUGGUUGAUCCGUUCGGCCUUCCGACCGAAGGCGGAAUGCCACCGAGAUCGAGCCCGGCCUCUCUGAUGACGCGGUCCAUUUGGCGACGAAGCUGCAUAGGUGGUGGAACGAGGAGAAGCGAAAGCCAUUUGGCCCUGAUUCUCCGUGGAGACGCCCGGCACGGCGAAAAAGACGGAAUCGGUCAAGAUCGCCGACAAGGCAAAGCUUCACCCUGUGCCCAUCGAUGGCAGCAUCCGUCUGCUGACGCGCACGCCGAUGACCAACAAAUUCGACUCGGCCACCGGGGCCAUUGUGAAGAACUUUCGCGUCUCCGAGGACGUCACGUCGUUCCCCAAGGAAAAUACCAGCAUCAAGGCUAUCAACGCCCCGCCGUGGUCUUGAGCGUGAUGCCGUCGUUCCUGCAGACGGCCCGCAACCCCGUCAAGUCGACGAUGCAGCCCACGAAGAAGGGA